AUGAUGACGAUUAUGGGCGUGGUCGAGGUGGUGGUGGUGGUGGCGGCGGCGGCGGCCGUGGUGGGUUUGACGGUGGCUUCGACAGUAGAACGAGCGGAGGAUUUGGUCCCGGCCCUGCGGGUCCCUCCGGCUAUAAUGCAGGUCCUCCAGCUCCAUAUUCUCAACCUCCUCUUGCCCCGGAGCUCAAUAAUUUUGCAGCCUGUCGAUGAGCGCCUCGAGCAGGCUAAAAAAGUACAACAGUUGUUAGCGGCUUUGAAGCAGCCUGGAGGUGGCUCUCCUUCUGCUAAUCAUUCGGCUACCUCAGCACCUCCUCCACCAAUGCCACCAAUGCCGCAAGCGCCUCCCUCCACAAACAGCUAUUAUGGCCAGCCACCAAUGCCACCCAUCCCACAGCAACAUCCUCCUUUCCCACCUAAUGGAGUCCCACCUGCGCCCGGGAGCAACCCUUAUUCCCAUAUGCCAGGCCAAUCGUCCACGCCCCAGCCGACUCAGCCCCCUCCUAGUGUUUUGGCAAAUUUACCUCCUAAUUUACUCGCUCUGCUGCAACAGAAUGGUCAGGUUCAGCAACAGCAACAGCAAGUGCCGCCUCCCUCAAUGCCACACCAGCAGGUUCAGUAUAAUAUGCCGCCACAGCAGAUGAUGGCCUCUCCGCCGCCUAUCCCUGGUGUCUCUGCUAUGCCUUCAGUGUCUCAGCCCGGAUACCAGCAACUUAUGGCGUAUUUGGUGCGUAGCGACACGAUUAUCUUGGAGCCCGUUUAA